CGGAAAUUCGACAAUAUUGUCGAAUUGCCAGUGGAAUUUCGAAAAAUUUUGAAAUUACACUGGAAAAUGGACACUGUCGAAAUUCCGUUGGCGAAAUUCCGUCUCACCAUUACAUAUUUCUUUUUUUCUUUUUUAGUAAAAAUUUCCAAUUUAAUGCGUGUCUUAUGUUCCGAUGCAGUUCAAGAUCCAACAAAAAUCGAACAAUAUGUUCGAAAUCAAAUGGCGCAACGUAUUAAAACUCAUGAAGAAACCAAUGCUGCAAGAAAAUUAUCGGCUGAACAACGACGUGAAAAAAAAACUAAACGAACAACAGAAGAUACAACAAAUGGUGUACAUGCUUCUGUUUAUCGUGUUCUACUUUUAGAUGAUCCAGCUAAACGAUUUAAAAUUGAAACAAAUUGUAAACAAUUACAUAUGACUGGCUGCGUUGUUCUAUGCAAAGAUAUAAAUAUAAUUGUAGUUGAAGGAGGACCAAAACAACAAAAGAAAUUUCGUCGCUUAAUGCUUCAUCGAAUAAAAUGGAGUUCAUCAAGUAAAAAUCAUAUGGAAGAUGAUGGAAAUGAUGAACAAAAUAAAGAAAAAAAUAAAUGUGUACUUCUUUGGCAGGGUACAGUGAAAGAACGUUCAUUUGGUGAAAUUAAAUUUAAAUCAUGUCCAACAGAAAAUUUUGCACGAGAACAUUUUCGUCGUCAUGGUGUUGAACAUUAUUGGGAUAUUGGACACAACGAUUCAGUACUAGAUGCAUCUACUGAUUAG